UCUCAGAUUCAAAUUUUCAAAACUCUGCAAAUCUCAACCCAACAAUGGCGACCACCAACCACCUCCAAACCCCAACCAAAACCCCAUCAAACGACAAACUCUCUUCAUCGUCCAGAAAACACCACCAAACCACCGUCUCAUCUUCCUCCCAAAAGUCCCGCUUCGAAGCCUACAACCGCCUGCAGUCCGCCGCUGUAGCAUUUGGCGAAAAACUUCCCAUUCCUGAAAUCGUAGCCAUUGGAGGCCAAUCGGAUGGCAAGAGUUCGCUUCUCGAAGCGCUUCUUGGCUUCCGGUUUAAUGUCCGUGAGGUUGAGAUGGGGACGCGUAGGCCUCUUAUUCUACAGAUGGUUCAUGAUCCUACUGCCGCCGAUCCUCGGUGUCGGUUUCAGGAAGAGGAUUCUGAGGAUUACGGCAGUCCUAUUGUCUUAUCAUCAGAAAUCGCAGACACCAUUAAAUCCCGAACCGAAGCACUGUUGAAGAAGACCAGAACCGCAGUGUCUUCCAAACCGAUUGUAAUGAGAGCUGAAUACGCACAUUGUCCCAAUCUCACCAUCAUCGAUACUCCAGGAUUCGUUCUCAAGGCUAAAAAAGGUGAACCAGAAAGCACACCAGAAGAAAUACUCUCAAUGGUGAAGUCGUUAGCUAGUCCCCCUCAUCGGAUCCUCGUAUUCCUUCAACAAAGUAGUGUCGAGUGGUGCUCUUCUUUGUGGUUGGAUACCAUUCGUGAGAUUGAUCCGACUUUUCGUAGAACAUUAAUUGUCGUCUCCAAAUUUGAUAACCGGCUUAAGGAAUUUACUGAACGCUGGGAGGUUGACCGCUACUUGAGCGCAAGUGGCUACCUCGGAGAGAACACACAACCGUUUUUUGUGGCACUACCAAAAGAAAGAACCACAGUUUCAAAUGACGAGUUCAGGAGGCAAAUAUCUCAAGUGGAUUCAGAUGUUAUACGCCAUUUGAAAGAUAACGUUAAAGGUGGAUAUGAUGAAGAAAAAUAUAAAUCCCACAUUGGUUUUGGUUGUCUUAGAGAUUAUUUGGAAGCCGAACUUCAAAAGAGAUAUAAAGAAGCCGCACCCGCAACAUUAGCUUUGCUUGAACAACGUUGCAGUGAAGUCACCGCUCAGUUAAACAUCAUGGACUCGAAACUACAAGCAACUUCCGACGUUGCUCACCUUCGAAGAUCUUCAAUGCUGUUUGCAUCCUCCAUAUGCAAUCACGUGGGAGCGUUGAUAGAUGGAGCUGCGGAUCCCGAUCCGGAACAAUGGGGAAAAACGACAGAAGAAGAGAAAUCAGAGAGUGGUAUGACGAGCUGGCCCGGAGUAAUGUCCGGUAUAAAACCACCGAACUCCACACUUCGUCUUUACGGUGGUGCUGCUUUCGAAAGAGUUAUGCAUGAAUUCAGUUGUGCUGCAUACUCAGUCAAGUGCCCUCCUGUUUCAAGGGAGAAGGUGGCAAAUAUAAUACUUGCACAUGCUGGCAGAGGAGGUGGAAGGGGAAUUACAGAGGCCGCUGCAGAGAUCGCACGCGCUGCUGCCAAAUCGUGGCUCGCCCCUCUUCUUGACACUGCGUGUGAACGGCUUGCGUUUGUGUUAAAAAACUUGUUUGAUCUUGCUAUGGAGAAAAAUCAACACCAUCACUUUGAUUAUGGGAAGAGUACCGGGGAUAUGGACGGGUAUGUCGGCUUUCAGGCUGCUUUAAGGCGAUCUUACAAUUGUUUCAUAGAAGAUCUCGCAAAACAAUGCAAGCAACUCGUUCGGCACCACUUGGAUUCAGUCACAAGCCCGUAUUCUCAAGUUUGCUAUGAGACCGAUCUCUCAUAUGGGACAGGCCCAAACUCUACUUUCAGAUACCAAACAUCAGCUACUUCAGCAUACCUCGAGUUAUCAGAUCAAGAAAACAUACCUCCAGAAAAUAAUAAUAACAAUAAGGAUCAGGAAACGACACCGGGAAAGCUUUUAAAAGCCGCAGGGGAAGCUUCGAUGACGGUUCCUGAGACACCGUCACCUGAUCAACCGCGUGACGGAAGUUUUGUUAUAAAAAAGGAACAUGGAAACAUCAUUGAAGGUGGAGCGAGAAAACGACAUCAUAGGAUGCAUAACAAUAACAACCAAGUGUUGAGUAAUGUUAGUCAAAACGGUUCGCAAGCAGGGUCAACUUACAGUGAGAUAUGCUUAUCGGCUGCACAGCAUUUUGCGCGUAUACGUGAGGUUUUAGUGGAACGAAGCGUAACUUCAGCUUUGAAUUCAGGUUUUCUAACCCCAUGCCGUGAACGUCUUAUGGUAGCAUUGGGACUGGAAUUAUUUGCUGUAAAUGAUGAGAAAUUUAUGGAUAUGUUUGUUGCCCCUGGAGCGAUUGACAUUCUUCAGAAUGAACGACAGUCUCUUCAUAAGCGUCAGAAGAUACUCCACUCUUGUUUGACUGAAUUUAAGUCGGUCGCAAGAUCCCUUUGACUGAAUUAAGUCAAUGACAAGAAAAACUGUUCAUUACUUUCAAUCUACACACGUGUUUGACUGAACGGUUGUUGUUUGUAGAAAAUUGUUCUGGUUCUUUGGUUUCUUGAGCUAGAUUUUCCACUCGAAAUUUGGCUGAUACAACAUGUUAUGAGUUUCAUCUUCGGGUUUAUUCUUGAAUGAAAUGAAUCAUAAGGUCUGUUUUUUACUUU